AUGGCAGCAGCACCCGCUAGAGCUCGUGCCGAUUACGAUUACCUCAUCAAGCUUCUUCUUAUCGGCGAUAGUGGUGUGGGGAAGAGUUGUCUGCUUUUGAGAUUUUCUGAUGGUUCCUUCACAACCAGUUUUAUCACCACCAUUGGUAUUGAUUUCAAGAUAAGAACCAUUGAACUUGAUGGCAAACGCAUUAAGUUGCAAAUCUGGGAUACAGCUGGUCAGGAGAGAUUCAGAACUAUUACUACUGCUUACUACCGUGGAGCCAUGGGUAUCUUGCUGGUUUAUGAUGUUACUGAUGAAGCAUCUUUCAAUAAUAUUAGGAAUUGGAUUCGCAAUAUUGAACAACAUGCUUCUGACAAUGUAAACAAGAUACUUGUGGGAAACAAGGCUGAUAUGGAUGAAAGUAAAAGGGCUGUACCUACCUCCAAAGGUCAAGCUCUUGCUGAUGAGUAUGGUAUCAAGUUCUUUGAAACUAGUGCAAAAACAAACAUGAACGUGGAGGAAGUUUUCUUUUCAAUAGCAAGAGACAUCAAGCAAAGGCUUGCAGAUACGGAUUCUAGAUCCGAGCCUCAGACUAUCAAGAUUAACCAACAGGAUCCGGCAGCGAAUGGCGGUCAAGCUGCAACAAAAUCAGCUUGCUGCGGUUAG